AUAGCUUUAGCUUUCAUCGCAUGUUGAAUGAUUCUGGGUUCGACUAUUCAGGUCUUCAGAGGCAUAAACAGGAAGUUGAUUUUCGAAGCAGCCACUGAUCCCAAACAACGAAGCUGUUUCCCCAAAAUGUCCAGCGUGUUUUUAUCGCACCGUUUCUGUGGCAGAUGCUCGGUUUUCGUUCCUCUCGGGUCCAGGUUAGGAGCCCGCGUGAGGCUGCAGCAGCCGAGCGUUCUAACGCGGACACAGAGACGCUUCAUCGCGGGACGAUCGGUGUUUUUCAGAGACCAGUCAAAGUCGAAGCUUUGGAUCUGUGGGGUCGGGGUGGGGGUCGCUUUAGCUGUUGGACUCCAAUACAGCAAGUGCGAUCAUAAAGUUGGAAAACCUACUGAUCAAUUCAGGGGCGCCAUUGAAGUCAGCAGAGAGCUUUUGGAGCGGAUCAAGGUAGGCACAGAGGCUGAGGUUGGAGCUCCUGGAUUGGUGGUUGGGGUUUCUGUGGAUGGAUCUCACGUUUGGAGUGAAGGGCUCGGUUAUGCAGAUCUGGAGAACCGUAUUCCAUGCACUCCAGAAACAGUGAUGCGAAUCGCCAGCAUCAGUAAACCUUUGACUGCUGCAGCCGCCGCACUUUUAUGUGAAGAGGGCAAACUGAAACUCGAUGUUCCCGUCCAAGAAUACGUCCCAGAGUUUCCCCAAAAACACUUCGAUGGGAAAGUUGUCACUAUAACCCCUCGUAUGUUGCUGUCACACCUCAGUGGUAUCCGCCACUAUGAGAAAGAUAUCGACAAAAUCAGAGAGGAUAAAGCAAAAGCUAAACAACCUCUGAAACACCCAGUGACGGAGAAGCAGGAGGAGAAAAGCAAAGAUAAACCAUCAACAGACCACUGCCAUAAAGAUUCUCCUCAGGCGGCAAAGAAAAAAGAGUUUGACCAUGAAGAGUAUUACCUAAAGGAAAACUUUGAAAGUGUCACUCAAGCACUUAACCUUUUUAAAGAUGACCCGCUGGUGUUCGAACCAGGGAGUACUUUCCUGUACUCCACUCACGCCUUCACCCUGCUCAGUGCCGUCAUGGAGCGUGCCGCCGGCCAGCGUUUUCUAGACGUCAUGAUGAACAUGUUCCGUGAGCUGGGGAUGCUCAACACAACUCCUGAUGAGAACGACCGCAUUAUUUAUCGCAGAUCGAGAUUUUAUUGUCUCAACAAAAAAGGGCGGGUCGUGAACAGCCCUUACGUGGAUAAUUCCUACAAGUGGGCAGGCGGGGGUUUCCUGUCCACAGUGGGAGACCUGUUACAGUUCGGUAACGCCCUGCUCUACAGCUACCAAGUGGCCCAUCUUAAAGACGCUGAAAGUCUUCUUCCCGGCUUCCUCAAACCCAAAACUGCCGUCGAAAUGUGGACUCCUGUCGACAGGACGGAGCCCAGCUGGGACAAGGACGGACUGUAUGCGCAGGGCUGGCUCGUCGUGGAGAAGCUGCAGAAAUUCGGGCAGUGCAGGAAGCGGAGGCACUAUGUGUCCCACACCGGAGGAGCUGUGGGGGCCAGCAGCGUCCUCCUAGUGUUACCCAGCGACGGGGCAGAUCAGAACCCCGUCCCACCACGGGGAGUAGUGGUCACCAUCGUCACUAACAUGCAGUCUGUGGGGCUGAACACCACAGCCCUGAAAAUUGCACUUGAGUUUGACAAAGCACGAAACACUACAGACUAAUGUCUUUUAUGUGCCAGUUUACGUGUCAGUGUUUAACACAAAAUCCCUUUAAAAAAUGGCAGUCUUAUAUUUCAGGAAAUUAAAGAACUUCUAUUUUUAAAAAUAUUUAAA